AUGGACCCAUUCGACAUACCACCCAACCAAACACUCUACGUGAACAACCUAGAGGAAAAAAUAAAUGUUAAGGAUCUCAGGGACCUGCUCUUCGAAUUCUUCUGUCCCUAUGGAAACGUACUAGAUGUUAUUAUAAAGAAGGCCAACCACUGCAGAGGGCAGGCCUUCGUCGUUUUCAACACCAUCGCAUCCUCCACCCUCGCAUACAAAAACUUAAAAGGGAAGCUUUUCCUGAACAAGCAAAUAAACAUCAGCUAUGCGAAGACCAAGUCCAGGAUUGUAGAAAAACUUGAAGGCACGUACAAACCAAUUACGAAUUUCAAAUCCUCAACAGGAUACGAAAGUAGAGCCAACGUCUUCACCCUUUUUGUUCAAAACCUUCCAAAUGAAAUCAAUAAGAAUGCUCUGGAGAUUCUCUUCAAUCAGUACCCUGGGUUUUGUGAGGUCAGACACAUCCCUGGUAGGAACGUGGCCUUUGUGGACUUCAGCUCGUACCAGAAUGGGGAGGUUGCCAUGAACGGCUUGCAGAGCUUCAAGGUCACCCCCCAGCACUCGAUAAAAAUUUCCUGGUCCAGCUGA